AUGAAGCGGUCGGAGGUAUUUCAUGGCAUCUCUGUCGUUAUUGCUGGAUUUUUGGUUCAUUUGUCUUUUGGAUGCAUGUACACCAUCGGUGAGAUUGACCUUUCUGGCCUAAGUUAUUUAAUCACCACCUUCAGGUAACAUGGCACCCUACAUUGCCUCCUACAUCAUAAGCAAUGUCGACCGCGAGUUCAAUAAGGGCAGUGUGGUAUGGCUGUCUGCGGCAGCUCUGGCGUCACAAGGCCUUUUCAUGCCCCUGGGUGGUCUACUCGCACCCAAACUCGGUGUUCGUUUGGUGGUCAUAAUUGGAUCCGUCAUAAACAGGUGAGGCAUUCUGAAUAAGACGCAAACCAGUGCACAAACUCAGAUAAAUUUUAAAUCGGUAAAACUAAUUUAUAUUGCCCCAUAAACAGGGCAUGGGAAUAAGUACACAUAGCCCAAAUAAUAAAGGUGGACCUGUGCAUAAUUCCGGAAAGGGCAAAAUACUUCCCUGUCAUUAUCCAGACAACAAUCCCAAUAUAAAACAAAGUCGUUGUUCUAGUUUUGACCUAAACCCUAAUCUAGACUUUAACUCUAUAGGUUACACUACAUCCUAUCUUAACCCUAAAAUUGGUCCUGGCUUGCGUUACCGUUAACUUUAAAUCGAACCUUAAACCUGAUUCUAAUUUAACUGGGAGAUGGCUGAAAGCCACCCCGGCUUCAGGCGGUUCCUGUCCUCAGGUCCUCCCUGGGGGGCCACAUAAGUCGGUCCUGCUCUUAAACCAACUGUACUGCUGUUCACUUAAGUAGACAGUAGCCUGUGGAUUAAGGCCAAGAUUGGUUUUUUAAUUUUCAUCAAAUUUGGAAGACAUCAGACCUUAGAUCUAUUCAGUCGGGAAUGGACGCACACCGAUCUAUCGGCUUGCCCAAAACAAACACGCUUUAUAUGGGUAACAAGGAUCACGGAUAUGCAACCAUCUACCAGGCCGAAGUCAGCCAAGCUAUGGUAGCAGAGGGGAGGCAACAUAGUCUAAUGGGGGUAUGGGGAGGGGUAGAUUUUCACAGCAAUGUCUCGGGCUUGUUUGCCUUCAUUCAGCCGGUCAUAACCUUGACGACCAGCUGGGAAUGGAAAGGCAAAUAUGCGCAUACUCGCCUGGAGCGGGUAGUCACUACUGGGUCUACCUGAUGGGUCAUAAGCAUCUCGUCGAACAAAAGUUUAUCAGUGUCCUGCCACCUACCGUUCUCUAUACUUGCAAAUUGAGCAUGUAUUUACCUUCAUUUAUGCGCACUGUCUAUUCUGGCCCAUUACUAAUCCAUAAAAAUCACACUCGCAUUGUGGUAGUGCACAUAAAAACGAUAAUAUUUAAAUAUUCAACUAGCAGUUGAUAGACACGCACUUUGGUGCAGUAUAGCCUUUCCUUGUCUUUCAUUUUCUCUAAUAAUAUGGCGGCUUAGAAUUUCACAUUUGACCUUCCGUUGAAAAUUCGACUUUUACUUCAAAGUAAUCAGUACGUCGAUUUAUACCAGAAAUUAGCUGAAAAUUGUUCCGGCUUCCAACAUCCUCAUCUCAUGAAAAAAACUCUGCUCUCUAUUUUUCAUAAAUACGUGAUAUGUAAAACGGUCUCUUGUUCUAGAAAAAAAUGUUAAAAAAUGACAUGUUGUUAUACUCGCCAGAAAUGUGUAUCCCUAGGGUUUUAAACUAGAAAUUGAGGAAUUAAGGGCAGUGAAAGUGGUCAGAUAACUUGGAAGCCUUUUUAUGGAGAUGCGGGCCUACUCAACAAACGGUUCCAUUCAUAGGUGAAAAAAACUGAAAAACGUUAUUUUUGUUGGCCCAUCAAUUAGUGUUUCGUGGUGAAGUUGAAUGUCUCCUCUACUUUAUUUGAGUCAGGUUAUCACGCAUACCGCGAUUGACAGAAGUUAACAAUGAUUCGGAACCGACUUAUUACAGUUACUCUUGCUUUUAGUGGCAUCUACAUGCUGACAUAUUUUGCGAUUCAAAAGGGAUUUGUUUACGUGCUUGUGACGCACAUUUGUGCCCUCGGACUUGGACUUGGAUUUUCUUAUUCCGUGGUCAUGCAGACGGCGGCCAGCGUAAGCUAACUUAUUUUUAUUCUGAAUUACUGUCGAUUAGGAAGAGAAUCUACUAGAUCUUGCCUUGGAAUAACCCUCAUUUACUUCCUAAAACCUGAUUACUUCUUAGUGACAGUCGGACUUCUGGAAGAUGAAUGCAGCCAAUGACGUUAGGUAAACAUAAAACACGCAACGUGCACCGGAAGCUGAACAAUUAAGGAAAAUCUGGCGUGCGCUAAAAUUUUUUUCAGGGUCACAAUUCUUAUCGUAGGAAUAACAGAUAAUCGCAGUUUAAAAGAGUCCAAUAUUCCGAUAAAUUUCACAGCUGUUUGAUACCAAGUUAGGCUGCGCUGAAAAGAAGCAAAAAACGGGAUUCCUGCCAUGGGGUUGGUUAUGACUGUCUUACGACGGCAAAUAAGCCAAAAUAACCAUCCAAUUGGCAUGGUCUUUGUUGGUACUCCUUUCUCCCCUCAAAGAAUGAAUGCAGGGUUUACUCCUCCGGGCAGCAAAGCGCCAUUGCGUAAUCACAUACUGCGGCUCGGCCGGUAUAGAGCUUUGCACUCAAGAUAUUUUGUAUGCCUUACCGUUGGCGUUUGUAGAAGACUGUAUGUGCCCGAUUUGCAUUGUGAGAACCUUACGCAUUUUCUUUUUAAAAUCUACAGUGGUUCCCAGACCAUAGUGGCCUAAUUGUUGGCCUCAUUGCUGCCGGAUUCGGGCUGGGUGCUUUUGUGUUCACACCAAUUCAGCUCAGUUACGUCAAUCCAAAUAACAUCCCCGUGGACAAUAAAACCAGGUGAGCGCCAGAGUUGUUUUGAAAUUUCAUUUCUUUGAACGUUUCUUUGAUGGUGACAAGUCGGGUACCUAACAUUACCUUAGAAGCCUUUAUUUCAGGAACGCGCUGUCAAGAGUGUAUUGCUUGUAGGCUUGUCAUAUUACCUUCGACUGAAUUACCUGCGAGAGCAUUUGCGUAAAUUCCAACGAGCCAUUAAAAACCUCACCGUCUUCCACCCAAGCGAUGUGAAAUGACACUAUCAGUAAACUCAUCAAGACAAUUUUUUUAAAAAAACUAUCUUGUCCUAGGAAGUCAUGCAGUAGCAUGCUGUGUGAUUCUCAUCCACAUCUAAACUUUCCGGUUUGGUCAUAUUUCUGCCGAGUUUUCGGCAUAAGCUUAGUAAAACAAACUCAGCGUUGUGAAUGGCUAAUAAUCUGGCUUUAUUUUUACUUCUCCAACAGCGGCCAAUAGAAAAUUGAGAAAAAGUUGUGGGGGCUAUUUUUAAAAUGUCGGUUAGGACUAGAUUUACUGCCCUCAAGCAUACAACCUGCAAUAAAAAAGUAUUGAUUUUCUAAAAAAAUUUGUAUGCAUGUUAAGUUUAUAAUUCCUCUCGCCGUGCAGAUAUUAGUGUUAGCAGGACGUGUGCAGCCAGACUUUAGAAUACCCGUGUGCAUAAAAUGCACAAUGAGACCGCAUGAGUCCGACCCAAGAAACACUUUGCGGUACAUAGCAGCUAAUUUGAACUUAAGUUAUCCACUUCACAGGGAGGCUUCUAAUGAACGAUAAUUGCGGUCGCCUAGAGCCCUUUCAGCGGUGGGCAAACGACUCCCUACGCAGCAUAAUGACUUGCCUUGAUUUCUUAUCAUUUAUCUAAGUGUAGGGUUUACUCCUGUUAACUGUAGCGAAUCAUCACGUUCAGAAACACAACCUGCGUUUUAAUCGUACUUUGGAGUUUGCAAAACCACUCGAUAUUUUUUCUGCUGCUGAUGCGUUUCCGAUUUUCUCCAGUGACGUUAGGGUACUUACGGCAUCUUAUGUAUGCCCGCAUUGCUUCUAGCCCGAUCUUAUGAAGUCCAUGGUUUUAGAACACUGAAAAUUUACAAGAUGAAACCAACAAGUGGGAAAAUUUUGAGUAUUUGCAAGAUGAAAAAUUGAAAUACAUUCAGGCUCUUAAUUUCAAAAGUGUAAGUCUACAUAAAAUAGACAACCUAAUUAGUUUCUCAUUAAUCACUCCUAAAAACCUGAUUCAGUCUUAAUUACAAAAACCGGCGCCAAUAUUAAUUAGGUCUACUAGGAUUCAGAUUACAUUAUUUUCAGGGUAAACUUAACGGCAGGAAAUUUGAACAUGGCCUACGGGGUUGUUCUAUAGUGACGAUGUCGACAGCUGAGAGUCAAGCCCAAUGGUUCCUUCUGGGUGUGACAUCUGUGGCAUUAACACGCAUAUAGGAUCAAAACUGUCCUCUGUUUUUUGUGAAAACACUACUUACUGCGCUGCGACCAGGCCGUGCGUGGCUCGCGCAGACGGGUUGGUUGACUUCGGCUGCCACCUCCGGCUAUCUUGUCUCUCUUGCCAGCGACCCGAGUAAACGAGGGUGAAGAGAGGGCUAAAGAUGCCACGUAAGGCGCUGUCCUGCGCCCAACAUGCGGUGGGGUACACAGACGACAUCGUCGCAUGCGCCACCCGAAAUGUCAUCAUGGCGUUAUUCGUAGCGUAUUUUGCGGACCUUAGCACGACAUGUAUACUUACGUAGAAAUCUGCACCUGGAAGCAUACUUAAGGACCAUCUUUAUAAUAGCACAGGAUAUUUGGCGCAGACUGCAACUUAGCAUUUGAGACGAUGACCACUCAGUCUGGCGCCCCAGUUUAGUUUGUUAUUGUAGCGUAUACUGUUUCAUGGUUCAACAGCUUUUUCUUCAAAUAGUAGAAACUGCGCCACAAAAAUUGACCUAGAGACUAAUCACCGUAUGUCCAAAUAAUUGCCGGUCUUAAUAAAUCAAGCACAAUAGUCACUAGAUAAUGUGGACCGACCUUUAAAUCGCCAUGGAUAUCUGAUGAAAACAUAUCCCGUCGUACGUAGCAACGUUUCAGUUGACGUGUCUAAACCUCAGAUCCACAAACCUUCCUCAGCGUGCUGGAGUAAAUGGCAAUGUUUUUGUAACCUGACGUUCGGAAAUGAAGUCAAUGGUAUAUUAAUCCGCGAAAAUUUACAAUGGGAUUCCAAGUUUUCAAUCACUUAUUCUGAUAUGUAUUCUAAUCUGCUAUAUCCAACCAAAUCAGUUAUAUUGCGAGACAGCAUUAACGAGUAGAUAAACGUCUGUUGCUGAGAUUUUCAGCUUAUCAGAUUCAUAAGGCACUUUCAGAAAUAUAUUAGGAUUUCCCUUGAACUAAAUGGAGUGACCUAGUAAAUUAAAUACGGUACGGGGGGGGGGGGCUAUCGAGCGUCAGCAGUAACGACGACCGACGUGGACAAAGACAGCAAACGGGGAACUAUAGCACAGGACUAGGAGGUGUAGAAACUCAUGAAACAUUGAUCGAUAUUUCUGUCUUUAAAUAAAAAUGCAUAUCAAAGUCCGAAUGCGAAUAUAUCUGACAUGAAACAUCAAACAAGGUCAUUCACAUUCCGUUGAAUCUUUACUUCUGGUAGAUAAACUCUACAGUCAUCCGUGUAAAUCACACUUGGAAGAAAAAACGGCCUAAUUAGCGCAUAUUUUAAAAUCCAUUUUGGAUGUCUGUUCAUAUUACACCAAAUUAUCAGGUAAAUAGCUAAAGAAUUUUUAUAUGCAUACCAGUCACUCAACUCUUCUUAAAUUUGCAUAUUUGCAGGCAAGUUGUAGAUGAGUUUAACUUAGUUUGAAAAUGUCGCAUCCUUUGAAGACUAGGCUGUCUUCGCACUUAGUCUUGAGGUUUAGAGAUCACGAACUGCGCAUGUUUACGUCAUUAAAAUAAUGGAGCUCUCCAUUUUAUUAAACAAAAGAAUCCUCUCAAUCAGAAACUAUUUCAACGAACACGGAACAUGUUCUGUAAUUUCGAAGCAAUUUCACGAAAUCUGCAUAUACUAGACUACUCUAUAAUCAUGCAAGCGCCCGAUGACUCUUCACAGAUUUCGACAUUUCAAAUAUAAAAUGCCUCCCCUUUUAGACAUAAACACUAGGAUAGCGGAAUUCACCAGACAACUAUCAUAAAAAAUUAGAUCUGGGCACAAAUUUAAUGAAACAUUACUCUACAUGUAUGAACCCAGAAAAUUCACGAAAAUCAUACCUACAACUUACGUGGAAAUUAUAUUGGGGGUGAUAUCCUGGGAAAGGCCAGCUUAGUUUUGUUUUCCUUUUUGACCCUAACAUGAGCAAUCUUCUCACAUCAAAUAAACACCUGAAAAAACACCAGUAAACAAUGACUUAAGCGGCUGAAGGCUCGCGCGAUUGCCACUUCUCACGAGAAUUUCUGCCUUUUCGAAUUUGAAUGUGUGGCUGGAUGUCGUCGAACGAGUCGCAAUUUGAGAGCUGGCGUCAUUUCUCCGCACUGCUGACAUGGAUUCGGUUAUCCGCGUCCGGGGCAGUCUUCCAGUUUCGCCGACGUGUUUACUUUUCUCAAAAAUGCACUCAAAUUCACAAAUAACUCCAGACGUCUCUCGAUAUGACAGUGGGUCUUUUAGUCUCAUUAUAUGGCGCUCGAUGGUUUCCUCCAGUCUCUGUGCCCUUCCAACUCCAAGUGGUACGAGAAAGCGGCUGGCGCCCUCUGGGGUCGGUGCGACUUGGCCUCUUGUUUCGUUUGCUGACCAUAAAGCAAUUAUCGCAUCUAGGACAAGCCUCCUCGAUAAAGGAGGAGCCGAUAAUUUUCAUAGGUGUGCGGAGCAUAGAUGAUGCAUCCUAUAAAUACUGUAGUCCCUUGUGCACGGAUCACGCGUGUCUGAUUCAAAACUCGUGAUGACAUUGCAGCAAUUAACGACGUGAAUGUCUGCUAUCAAACAUUCAUUACAACAAGUGCACCAGCCCAUGAUGAAGGAGGCGGAGGGGGGGGGAGCUGUGAAUUUUCACAGGUAUGAGGUAGCAUGUCGACUGCAUCCUCUAAAUACUGCAGCCCCUUGUGCAUGAACCGCCCGUAUUGCUAUUGUCUCUGAUGAUGGGUCCGAGCAUGAACCUGGAACCUCCAGAGAGUAAAGUUCUUGUUCCAGUGAUCGUGUCUCUUUCUUUUCGACUGCUUCCUGGGACUCGUCUCUUUGAUUCUACCGACAAGACAAACAUUCCUAUACUUCUUCUCACGUUCUUCCCAGGAGCAGCAUUUCCUUUUAUAUCAUCGGUCUUUAUGUCAGCUGCAAACUGGAGGUCGCAACAAGUAGUUUGCCAACAAAUAUAUCUGAUCCCCUUCCAGAAUAGCUGAGGAUGGUUGUUUGGCGUGAAACGGGGGAAGCGACUGGCUGAGAUCACUUAACAGAGCCUGGCAGUUCCUCUGUAAAUCUGUGUUAUCAGCACUUAGUUGUGCUGCAGCGUUUCCGGCUAGAAAAUUGUCACAACUGAACUGUAGACUUCCGAAUUUAUUGCACUCAUUUGUUCCUCCAACUAUCUUCUUAACAAAUCACAAUCUGAACCUACUUUAGGCAGGGCGUGUGUUCUUUGAUCGCAAUUAUAACAUGUUUUCCGGCUGGCGACGUAAAACAGUCAACUUCCCUUUCGAUGUUCUUACCAGAAACUCCGCUUCCGAUCUACUAAGUCCCCUUCAGUCAACUGAGCGUGCCCUUUUUACUCUUUGUUUUAGGCUGUGAGACUGUCCUGUUAAGAUUUCAAGCACGUCUCUGUGAAAUCUAUUUCUCCCAUCCAGACCGUAUAAACUGUUCUAAUAAUUAUGAAUUAUGGACCCUGUCAUAUGACUGCCGCUGGUCUAGUAUAGUGAAAUGAAAAUACUUGGGUGAAUCCGGCAAACCUAGCAACAUGAUAUGUAAAGGCCACUUGGCUGGUCACUGCGUCACCCUCGCCGUCGUGGUGCUAAUUCCACGUGUUUUUACUCGCAGCUAUCGCCCACCUCAUAAUCCUACCGGUCACGAUGAAAUUCGGACCUGGUAUGGUGGUGGCUUGGUUGGAUAUCCUCGGCUAAACCUGUCAGUUCUGUCUUGCUCUCGGAGCCAGCUAAGUGUGUGGGUGUGAUAGAUGUUGCAGAAGUCUGCCUCACUGAAACCGAAUUCGUCGCCCACUCCGUGAGACACACAAUGUUGCCAUCGUUCGCGAUGGUUUAUCUGUCCUCCCGACAAACGACAGCGAGUGGAGAGUGAACAAAAACGAUGGACCAUGUUCUGAAUGAACCUUGUCUCAAUGAAGGUUCAACAGAAAAUAGGACGGAAGGUAAUAUGUGAAGUAUUUAAGGCAUGGAAAUCCAGGGAAAGGAAUUUUGUGGAUGAAGGCGAAAGUUUGAGGUCCAGGUGCAUGUAUAAGUGAGGGAGAAGGGUGGUCGUGCACCGGAACAUUCUGUUUAUUGUUCUAACCUUUCGAACUUGUGCGGGAGUCCAUCGCCAGAGAUAGUAGCAACAAUAGAACAAGCGGAAAUUAUAGUGCAUACUAGCCAAUCAUCGAUAGAUGGCGCAAGACGGAAGGUGACUGUGCAGGGCUCUGCAAAACGCCACCAGAUCGAUAAACCUAUUGACUGAGCCCUCAUUUGAGACCCAGGCUUCAAGCAAUUCCCAGCCUGUUUUGUUCCCGACGUGGGCGAUUACCUUAUUGGAUGUGAAGUUAAACUUAUGACCCACUUCGUAUGUGUGGGUGGCCAGUUGUGAUAAUUCGUCGCCUCCUCGCUCAGCCAGCUCAAGUUCGUGUAUGAGCGAUCAGAGGAGGCGUUCAGUCUGACCUGUGUAGCUAAAGGGACAGUUUUGGCACGGGAUGCGAUGCGCUACUCCAGAUUGCUGAUUAUGCUUUAACCGCUCUUUAACUUUCCUGACCUUGCUGGGCAUGGUGGCUUUGUGGCAAUGUGCAAUCCCAACAACCUCCCCCGCAGUAAUGCGUUCGCUCACUUCUGAAACGUCCUUAAUGAAUGGCGGAGAAUGUCGUAUUAUCGGCGGUGUUGAUGUUUGAGUCCUCUGGGGGCGACCGCGUAGGCAGUGACUUAUGAAUGCCUUGGGGUAGACAUUUUGCACAAAAUGGUCGCGGAGAUAACGGGCCUCUGCCCUCCGGUUUGCCGCCAUGAAUCUGCAUCCGUUUUUAGAGCGUCUUCACACAACUUCGUUUGUGGGUCACAGGGUGGUUGUGGUGAAAGCUGAGAAUCUGUGUGGCGUUCGUUGCCUUCUUAUAAACCGUCGUUUUAAGUUGACCAUUAAGGUUUCGUCUGACGAGCACAUCAAAGAAGGACAAAUGCUGAUUCUGUUCUUCUUCCCCGGGAAUUUUAUAUCAUGGAAGACUGCGCUGAACAGGUUGUGCAUAUGUUGUGUCAUGUUCUUCUUUACGAUAACAAACGUGUCGUCCACGUAACGUCUUUGUUUAUGUUGUUGCCCGGGGACAGAAAAUUGCCACAAUUUCCACUAUUGACUCAAUCCAAACUGUUCUGAAAUUUGCAAUGUACUCGAGACGGUAUAAAUAAUGGUCCUAAGUGAAUAAAACAUCAGUCUAUUUUUUGGCUGAAAGCCCUAUCAUGACUUUGCUGUAUAUCAGGCGAUACUACGCCCAAGGCAAACACAGUCUUCUCCUCAAUAUCUCUCGGGGAUAAAGUGUUAAAGCAUGUGCGUUCUUAGUUUAUCCUUAAAAAACAUUAGUGUUUGAAGCUUCAGCGGAUCACCGCUGGUUGCCAGAGGCGUCAUGAUCUUUGGAAAAAAAUUAUGGCCUGAUACCAAAAGCUUAUAGCUGACGCAAAGGACUAUGACUGCUUUGGGCGGCUUAGUACAGAGGUGACUCCCUCUGGUUUCGGAGUUGAAUGCCUCUCAUCAACAUAACGGUCUGAGGUCGCUAGACUGCGCCGGAGGACAUGUGGGCCCCUGUUGGACGGCGAGCAAUACUGCUGCAGCUGAUGACCUUCUUAUAUGUAACUAAUUCUCCACAUCUUGUACUCGAUCCCACAUUGAAUCAAAAGGUGCAUAGCCAGUCAUUGCCUACUCAGUGAACUUGGGAGACUGCUUAUUUCACAACAGGCCUUCAUUCAGGGUGGGUUCACUUUCGUUCACUUGGGGACGCAUCGGGUGGCUCGCAACCCAACAAUUCUAUCCUGCAUUCCGAAGUUCCUGUCAUUGCAGUAUAAAUAAUACUGAAGUACAGACGAGUAACGUUUCUACUUCCACAGUAAUCGACAGUUAUGCCCACUAUAGACUAUCCUUUGCUCUGUUCCUCAUGCACGCUCAAAGUGCUCACAAAAUUCGACCAUAAUUUUGGCGUCUAGAAGUAUUAAAUCUGCGAACGAAUAAUUCAUUUCCUACCAGAACCCAUGAACUAUUUGAGAGAUGGCGCCAAAACAGCCUUUUGAGCAAAAUAUUGACGCUACCAAGGUGAAAACAAGUUUUUUUCUCGAGGGAGUGAAAAGGUGCGAGCAAGGGCGAGGGGCUGUUAACACAAACGGUCGCAAACAUGACGUGAUGUUCGACAUCCGAUUGCCGCGAUAUAAAUGGCCGAGUAGAAAAUUAGUGUGUUCCGCUUUGUACAGACGUUCGGGCCUGGAGCUGUAGCGCCCGUUUCAUUUCCACCCCCACCACCACCAUCUUGGAAGGGCGAACGCCAUUUUUAUCUGACUUUCGACAGUUGGGGUGUCUCCUCUCCUUAUCAGCUGAUUACGACCGGUCAUGUGACGCGGUCGGCAGGGUGUGAACCCACAAGUCAAAGCCAAGUCCACUCCACCCAGGUGACGGAAGUCAACCGGGAUUUGUAGCCGUACGUUCGCCCUCAGAUUUCCCUUCCUUGAGCAAAAAGGGAUCGGAUUAAGCAUUAAGGGCUUAUCUGAAGUCGUCUGCUGGCCAGUGUUGGAGGACGAACAGGCCAAGACAGGCCUGGAAGACUUGGUACUCAAACUAGUGUUUUGUUGUAGAAUAGUUUAGUUAAAUACUGAAGUGAUUGAGCUGUUGGUUCAGAUUCUGUCGCCUGAGACCAGUAAGGUACUAGCAUCGUGUGGUCCAAUUCGGCGGCCGCGGUCUGCGGAGCUUUAAGAAAAAACGGACUCGUUGGAACAGAACGACAGGUUGCACUGCCACAAGACGCUGACAUCUCGGCGCCCAGGUGACGAAGGAUUAAAAUGGAACCUUUGGAGUCCUUGCCUUGCAUGGCGAGAAAAUGUGAAAAACUCUUGACAACACAUAUCAUAAAGUCUGUGGGUAGUUAUGAAUCUACUGAUGCGUUGAACACAACGCAUUUGCAUCAAAAAACGGGCAGUAUGUUGGUAAAACACCUCUGAAAUGUUUACUAUUGUGUAUGCCUGUGGGCUGGUGAGCUGGGCUUUCAUGCAUAUAUCCAUGACUUAGAGCUAUUCAUCGUAGGUGUUCCUAUUAGGAGACUACUACAGGGAGGUGAAAGUAUCAAAUUCCAACAGUUGUAUUAAAAUUGAAAUUGUUGUUAAAAAGACUUAAUGUCGCAAAAACUUCACCGUGCUGCUAAAAGAAUACGGACAAAGCUACAGUGGAUCAGAACGGUCAUUUUUGACCUAUUGGAAGCCAUCAUCUAGUCAUACCCAAUCCCAGGUGCUGAUCACCGGAGAUUCGAACCUGGCACUUUUGGUCACUGUGCGUAACGCUCUACCAUUGAGCCACGGGUCCGUUGUCCCGUCGGCUGCGGUCGGGAAUAUUAACUAAUGUAGCGCAACGUUCGUCUGGGUUUGGGGAUGAGUGGUUGAUGACAGAUAAUAAGUCAGAAAUGGUAUUUUGGCCUACCCCGUUUCUGUCGAUAUUCCAUUAUCAGCACAAGCUGCUAAUAUCCAUGCGACCGUCUGCGAGAUCUGUAGACUGAGCCUCAAACCACAGCGGAAUGUGUAUGUUCCGCCAACUGUUCGUUGAGAAAAAUGAGUUUUCUGUGUGUUCUUCUCAUAGGAAACUCUUAAUAUCUUCAGAAACCCUGGCCGUUGGCUUUCAGCCCAGGUAUAAUGCAAUUUAUGAGGCGUGAAAUAUGAUAUAUCCAGAUUCUAUGCCAGAUCCUAUGCCAGACGGCAGGAAUCUUUUUUGCAAGGCCUGUCUACCUUUAAUCCCAUGCAUUUCAGCCGUCAGUUGCAUCAAAGCUGUGAGGGCCCUAUUGCGUCACAGUAAAGUGGAGGCACAUGGAACAAAAUUAUUCUAACAUUUUUUGAUGUUCGGCCGUAAGCGCAACUACGCUUUGUGGGGCGUGAUUACUGAAAUGUUAUGAAUUUUUUCCACUGAUUUUUGAUGUCGACUUACCACAUGAAACUCUCCGCACCCUUCCCUCCCCGCCUCGCCUGUGUUUUUAAAACCAAACUCUAUCAAUUUUCUAAUCACUGACACGUUUGACUGUAUCCAAUUCCCAUAUAAUUUUACUAGCCUAAGAAGACUUUACCAGAAGCAGACGUGUGCUGCCCAACUAUUCUUCUGAAUUCUGCCAUGAGAAUCUUUGCAAUUCUGAAAAAAGUGACCUUGUCGCUCAGUUCUCAACGCUACUAAGGAUACGUCAUAUAGUACUCAUGGGAUUGUGUAAUGGAUGAGGUUGUGUCCAUCAUAAAUAACAUUGAUAAACAUGCAGAUGCAAUAAUGCAUGGGAAAACAUUUCAUAGUCUUAAAAAUCUCCCAAUUAAAAAAAUUUAAAAUAAAAAAGCAUUCUUUUUGAACAUGGAAUUUCAAGCUGUAUUUUUUUACUAAUGCGGCACAAUAAAGAAUAAUUUUGUGCCUGUUUUCUAUAAAAAGCGGAGCGUAUAAGGGCAUCGAAAAUCAAUUGAAGAAACUCACUUUACUUAAGCAGUCAUCCUCACAAAAGUGCAGUUAUUGCCUGCUGCCCAAAAGAAGCACAUUCAAAGACUAACAUCCUGUGAUCCUUCCUAUUCGAUAACCAAACUUAUAACCCUACUUAAGUAGUCUUUCCACGUCGAAAGCACAUAUCUACAUUUCGGUUAAAACCUCAUGAGAUAGCACAUUUAGCGUAAUUGCUCACCCGUAAACGCCAUACAUGUCUGUGAUUAGCAUAAACGAUAUCGUUUGUACUGCUGACACGUCAGGGUCUAGAAGAUUAAAUUCAAGUUGAACGUUUGAAUGGGUGGAGUGGUGGAGGACGCGAAUUCGCCCUGGCUCACUACUGUAUCACGCGUAAGCAACAGGGCUGAAUUUAAGACAAGCUACAUCAAACUCUGUCGGAGUUUAAUUAUAAACGCUUUUACUGUAACUUCCCGUCACUCGAUUUAAAGGGCGGACAAGAACUCCAUCGAUUUUGAUGUUUUGUUUGAUGAGGCGCGUUCAUAGCCUCAACUUCAAUUUCAGUAAGUCCUCACCAAGUAACUGCCAGAAUGUUGCCAAAUAAAUAAUCGUUAAAUUUACUGGGCUACAUUCUUCAACUUCGUUUAAUUACCUGUCGUCCGGUUAUUUUAUGCGUUUUAUAGUAUUAAAAGGGUAUAGAUUAUUGACGCCAGACUCUUCGCACACAGCGACACCCAUAGGAGUCCCAGCGACUAUCCGUGGGAUUUAUCUGAACUGUCGGAUGAACUGUGCACAAACCUGUGUGUUACAUCAUUUUCUUACAGUAUUGUUGGAAUAGAGGCCUUUAGGAUCGGGAAGAAAAGAUUAUUCAGAGUGUCAAAUACUUCCUAGGCCAGGUUUAGUUUAAAAGCAUUUCGUGUUCAGGAUGCACCAGUUUUUACUGACAGUGCUUAAUAAUUUCACCAGCUUCUGUUUUCAAACUGCAACAAUUCGUGGAUCCAGCGGUGAUGAUAACGCGAAGCAACGGAAUCUGAAACCUCAAAAAAUACUUAUCUUGGUAUAUAAAUGCAUUCAAAUUUAAUAGCUGCUCUCAGUAUGGCAAGUUCGGCUGGUUUUAUGGUGUAGGCAUUAUCCUUUAAGCGUUUCCGUAAAAGUAUCAAGUAAGGUGAAGCCUGGUGAACGAGGUGGGUAUUUAACAAAACGCCCACGUUCAGUCCACUUCUUCGGCAAGAUUUCAUCCAGGUAGAAUUUGACAUCUCGAUUGUUGUGUGUGGGUGCGUAUCAUUGUCAAAGCUUAUUUUGAUUGCAAUUACUGAUUCCAACUGGUUAAAAUCUGGAAAGAAAGAAACGUUCAUUCAACUGCCACGUGCUAAAAUGUGUAUACAUUUUCAGGACACCAUGUAAAUCAGCCUGUAUUUCCUGCUGAUUUGCCGCAGUAUGUCUAAGGAAGGACAAGUAAAACACCCUUGGUAGGCGACUACUCGUGAACAGAGGGAAGCAAAAAAAUUUAUAUCCGCCAACGUUUCACGUUUUCAGUGUCUGGCUUGUUUUAGAAAUGUUUUCUGAUAACCGACAGAUCAAUAGUGAAAUUUUAGCAAAAUAAUUCUAUUAAGGUAAUUUAUUCCUAGGAGUAAUGCCUAGAGUUGACGUCAUUACGUCCGCAAACAGGUGAUGGAUGGCUAAAAUUACUAUGACCUUCUGGCUAGUUCAUGGCGUUACAAUUCGCGAAGUACAUAGUAUAAAAGUUGCUUGUAACUCGAAACCCAGGGAAUGCGCUGCCUUUUCUAGCAAUUCUGUAUUUAGGUUGAUUCCCUUUAAAUGGGUAAUAAAACGUAUUUCGCAUAUAAUUCAUAUAAAUGAAAAUGUUUACUUGUAUCCUCUUCUGGCAGAUUGUUUGUGGAUAAGCAAGUUCUCGGACGAAUUCCAAUGUCCUACAUCGUAAUUGGCGGCGUAAUGUGCGGUCUUCAGCUCAUCGGGUGCCUUAUUCUCCGAAAAAAGCCGUCAAAAAAGGUAUGCAAGCUGUGCACUUCUCCAAAUCCAAGUACAGUAGGUGGACCAAAUCGUAAAAUGUCAACGGGAAUUCCGAAAUGCGUUUUCGUUUCGAAAAGAAUAAUUAAGCACGUUGCGACAUAAUUCUUUAAUAACUCAGGUACCGCAGGAUGUCGGCAUUCAAAAAAACUUCUUCUUAGCUGCACGCUAAACUAUAGUAUGUAAACAACGAAUACUUAUGUAACACGCAUUUUCCUCACUGAUUUUCGAUGCCAUUAAAUUUCAACUAUAUUUCAUGGGAAACAUGCAUAAAAAUAUUCAUUUUUUGGCUCAUUCGGUAGAAAAUUACGUCUCCUUCCAAUUUAAUGCUCGAAUGAAUGGUAAAAUUAGGUUUUAAAAAGUUUAUAACUGUGAGAUUUUUUAGUACCGUGAAAUGGCCGUUAAUAAAACGUCAUGACUCUGCAGUUACCAAUGGGGCUUGUAAAGUUAACAAUAAGGUCCAAACCCACUGCUUAAUUUCAUGACCCCCUUAUAGUCUUUGAAUACCGUAGAGGAAUGUAUGGUUUUCUGUACGCGGAAAAUAUACGACUUGUAGUUUGGAAACCCUGGAUGCAAGUUUAACGGCAGGUCGAGGUCAGAAGUAUUCGGUACUUGAAAAAGAUUUUUCAAAACAGAAUUAUAUCCUUGCUUUGAGUAUAAAAUCGGAAGACGUCGUCAUUUUCUACGAAUGAGUACAAGAAUGAAUAUUUUAUUCAUAUUUUUCAUGAAAUAUAAUUGGACUUUUAAGGGCAUCGAAAAUCAAUGAGGGAUAUCCGUGCUACUUAAGUAGUCCUUUUUUCAGAGUGUGGUUUUGCAUGCGGCCGAAAAGGAAUUCAUUUGAAAGCCGGCAUCCUGCGGUAACUGAAUUAUUUUUAUAUAAUUGCGCUGCAGGAUGAUUGCUUUCACAACCCCACUUAAGUAAUCUUUUUAAAACGAAAACGCAUUUCAGAAUAUCGGUAGAUAUUUCACGAAUUAGCCCACCAAAACGAUCUGUUUUUGGUACCUAUCCUGCUCUUCGAGUGGGAUUUAACAAACGGGAUGCAUCAGAAUUAAAUGCGAGUUGGCUCAUUUGAGGGAAAAUCCAAGCAAAUGCAAAGAAAGUGUGAUGACAUCGAAGACAAGAAGACAAUUAACUCCAAAUAGGUUAUGGUCAGGCUUGGCCUAACCACAUGUCAAACAUGAGAGCAUUCUCCCUUUGCAAUGCACACAUGAGAAUUGCUUGUCACCGAUGUAUUAAUUAUUAAAUGGAGAUUUUCCCGUUGCAUGAAAGCAUUGACCAGAAUUAUUUAAAAUACGCGACCUCACAUUGGCCAGCCGCCUCCGGAGUGAUAAGUAUUUGAUGACGCAACAUAUUUGAAACUUCUGACAUCGCUUUUAUUGAAAUGUUCCAAAAUGCACUUAUUGAAACAUUUCGUUUAUUCUACAGGAGAUGGAUAAGGAAAGAACGUCGAUGACGCUUGGCUUAGAAAAGAAAUCGAGGUAAGUUCGACCGCUUACAGCAAUCUUUGUGUCCCAGAUUAAUGCAUGGAGUCUAGACUCAGUUUGACAUUUGCAAGCCAACACAAAUGUCUUUUCGUUAGCUAUCACUCCAAAGACACCCAGAUCCUGAUCGGGAAAAUGCAGACAUCGCUUUGCUAUCAGAAACUCGAGUUCAACUUCGGGUUUUGGAUGAAUUUUUUCACAAGAUAUUUCGAAAUAGCUGAAUACUCCGAAUAGAACCAGCUGAAGUUAAUGAGAUAAGAGUAGUUUGCUAACGACUGCAAAAGAAGCAUAGCCUUAUCAUGUCACACAUCGGUCCUCUGAGGACGGAGAGUCAGACUGUAAUGGCUAUUUCUUAAUGCAUAUCUUCAUUGGGGUGGGACUCAGUGACACAUAGACGUCUUAUAUCCACUCGACAAAUAUCCUGGAAUCAAUAGUUGAUGCAUAGCAGGCCUCAAUGAACGCUUUGCUAUUAUGGUUGCAAAACAGUGGACGAAUCGCAAACAACAUUUCUUUGCUGAGUAUGAAUGACAUCCAAUUUUUCCGCAUGUCAGCCUAGCACUGGGAAAAUGUUAAUGCGGAGUCAAUGGUUUAUCUGCUCAACUGCUGUCCCACUAAAAACGACCUUACGCAAAGGUAGAAACGAAACUAACUGUAAACCGGACGGAAAGCUUGUAGACGUACAAGCACCCUCACCAGUGAAGCGGGGCGAUUAUUUGUCUUUCGGAAGCAGACAAAGUCCCGAUCACAGGGUCGAAUAUUUUUUGCCGCCUUCUUAUUUCUCAUACACAAGGCCGUCAUUAAGAAUAAAGUAAUAUGACCCCAAAUAGCUGCAUUUUCGGACUCCAGUCGCCUAUCAGCAGUCGGAAAUGGUCAUUUGCACGUAAGCUCGUAGGGUUUACAAUCCUAUCGAGAGAUAAAUACAGUGGGUUUUUGAGUUCCAGGUCAGAUUUCUGGCCCAUAUUAGAUAAUGAUCUGCCUACGAAGUUGGAUUUCGAAGGCCACUUCGUAUUAUUAGCAUAUUUUCACAUUAUCUAUGCGUGCUGCUUUGUCCGUUGAUCAUUUUCAUUUAUGUAACUGCCAAGAUAGUUAGGGCGUGGAAACUAAGAUUAAGGUUUUGGCCGGAUUGGUUGGAUUAACUCAAUAACUGGUACUGCCGACAACAUGCAGUGACGACGUUUGCUCCUGUGUCAAUAUGUUCUGUCACCCUAGAUAGGCGCUUUAUACAUGUUGAGUCUCAUUAGUACAGACAGCGACACUUUCCGCGUCAAAGACUACGCACAACCUCAUCUCUAACUAGCUUUGAUUUGAUACGCAACUUAAGUUAGAGGGAUUUAGGUCAAGUCGGUUUUGCGCGCUACAAGAAAUAUGACAUUCCUUAAAAUACCACUCCACUAUAUUUUUUUGGAAAGUCAAAAAACUGACAGGAUAAUUCGGUGUUCACCUCCCACUGAUGGUCAGUCUGCAUAGGCUCCUUCACAAGGUGGCCUUUAUGUUGACUGUCAAGAAUGAGGGAGCUGAGUUCUUUUUAGGGUUUGGUUAGUACACGCGAAAGGACAGGCACGUCGGCCAUCACACCCACGGCUGUGAUGGGUGCAGGAAGGGAGUGAGGUAGGUGAGGCGAAAAUUCCGUCCGUUGUGAGCAGAAGCGCGUGUUUUGGGGUAUACGUUUUACUCACUGACACUGAUAGACGAACUGUCUUCAUUUAUGGAUACUCACCGCUUGUUGAGGCAAUUAAAGUAAUGGUUAUUUAGAAACUUCUUCCUAAUUACGACUUCACCACCGCCAAUUAACAAAUAGAGCUACCUCUAUCCAAUCCGCCCUUCAAAUGGGAUAAAAUUCGUCAUCUGCACGACAGUACUAGAACUCACAUCGUAAAAUAAGUACGAAAAAAUUCCUUUUGACAUUCACAUCUGUGCUUCUGCCAUAUUUCCGGGACUAUGUUCAUGCGAACAACCACCUGUUGUACUUUUGGUUCUCUCUCUUUUUCGCAAAAACUCUCCAGUAACGAUUUUGUGACCAAGUGUCUCUGGAUUCCCGCGUGCUCCGCGUUCUUUUCCCACCAGAGCUGAACGGGAUAUGAAGGACUUUUAAAAAGCGUGUUUCGCGCGUUGCGGAAUAUUUUAGUUAAGAUUGCUAUUAGAGUUCCCCACAGAUUCUUGUCCUCGUAGCAGAAUAUAAACUAUCAUGUAGCGUUAAAAUGCGGCAUAAGGGUAUGAUCAUCAGCGGGUUCUCUUGAAGACGCUGAAAUUUUAGCUUAUUAAAGCAACUCUUGGUACUUUGGCAGUGAGCAGACACAGAGCGUUCAUUCGGGUGAUUCCUCUGUAUUGAAGCAUUUAAUCCAGGCCCAUUUGGCGUUGCCAAUGCUUAGUUUUAACGUUUGAGUCCAUGCAAACCGAUGCAGCCUCAGAAUGUGGCAGGCUUUUGCUGGUUGUAGCCUGGACAGGUACUGAAGUCCAGUAGCCACCCGGUUAAACGCCCAAAACUCAAAGUAGUAUAGUAACAUUCGUGUUAAAUCCCAACUCUUAACCUUUCAGUGUUGAAGUCGAAAAGACCAGCGACUUGCUGUAUGACAGCGAAAACCCAGACGCUUAUGCGAAUAUCGGGUGAGCCACACUCUUCAUCUAAACUCCGUCAGAUCUGCUGCUUAACUGUAAGCCUAGCUGUUGACUUUCUCAAAUUGUAGGGUUAUGGAACUCGGGCCCAAGAAGGUCCUACGAAGUCGAUACUUCUACCUCCUCUGGCUACUCAUGCUUUGCAACAUCAUUCCAAUCACACUGCUCACUUCGGCCUACAAGGUUUGUCUUCGCUCCUGGGCAACAGGGACCCCCUUUUUGCCAACCUAUUGAACUGAUGAAUGUUUAGAGCCUCCGCUUGACUGAUUUCUAAAUUUGGCAGAUCCUCUUUCGUUGGUGGUUUCCACCUAAGCCGCACAUGCAUGUCGUUGCUCAUCGGUGGAGUUUCAGAUCAAAAAGUGCCAUAACCCAUAGAACUGUUUGCCCGGCCUCCUAGGUCUAGAAUUUUACUAACUUCUGCAUGCUAGUCACGACCCUGGUAAAACCGAUACAAGACCUUACAUCUAUAUCACACAUCAAUUCCGACUUUUCGACUAUCCGGGAUGGUCAUUGUAAUGACUGGUGAAGAAUUAGGUCCACUGAGAUACGUGAGAUUGUUCCUGUUAUUUCUAUCGGUAGAGACCCUAGGGAUUAUGCUUGCUUGGAAGCACAGAUAUCCCUAAACAAAUUAAAAAAUAGAGCCUUAAGUGUCCAUUGUUCAAUCAUAACUGCAAGACAUAGUAUGGGCGAGGUCGUCCUGUCUUGUCCGCACGACAGACGGCAAAAACCAAUCAAGAAGUUGUAUCGAUAAAUGAAGGAAGACCAUAACCAGGAUCUGCCGGUGAUUGUCAAUCACUAGUGCCGUCGGUCACUUCCGCCAGAUGAGCAGAUGAAGAAGGAGACACAAUCGCUGGAAGAAGAGCUUUAUUUGCCUGACGUUUCGGAUUUUCGCUCGAAACCGUCAUCAGAGUCCAUGUUGCAAAUGGUUACAGUUGGACCACCUCAAAUGAACAGUUGCAUCACUGCUCUACGAGGUAAGUGCAAAAGUGAUUUGCGGGCAAAUGUGUUUGCGAUGGAACCGAAUGCGCGACACCUGUUCCACUCUUCCUCUCUUCUAACACCUGUUCAUUUCCGAUGGUAAGACAGAGUCAGAGUCGCCGGGUGUCGGCUUGGGUUAAAAAAAGCAAUGCAACCUGUCUCUGCGUGCCACACGCCAGCUUGCUCCUGUCUCACAUAUAGCAGGCUUCCUUUGGCGGAGUUCUCAGGUCCCCUAACCUAAUCGGCAAGUGCACUCCCACUGUGCUGUCGGAUCAGCCACGUCUUCCUGGCUGAUCUCUAAUUGUCAUCGUCGAGUUUUUUGAAAGGUGAUGGACGUAAGAGGAGAGAGACUGGCGGGUGCUGCGCAAACCAGUCACACUAUUUAACUUUUGUCAACAUAACUGCGCUUACAUUACACGCACUCGUGGUCAGCGUCACUCAAGGCGGACGUAGAUCAUGCUAACACUCGCGAUGAGUGACAGGUGUACUAUUCGGACAAUGCCACAAAACAAUGCAAGAGUAGUAACUGUAAAACACCCGUCCCAUGCCUGCUCACCCAGCUCCCGGGGCCGUGUGUGAAUUUGGGAACACACUGACCAAUCCGUUGACCCGCUCGGGGUCCCCAGAUGAGCAGAGACAGCGCACUAUGCAGGAUUAUGAUAGCACUCGGACGUACCCAUCACCAAUCAUAUUUGUUUUGUUUUCGUGGCGACCGGCGAUUGCGCAUUUCACGUGAGAGGAUUCAUACCUGAAAUAAAGCGAUUUCAAAGAGCGCUUCUUCCGCUUCGCUUACGCUACCUAUAUGUCGUAUUUCCCCCAAAUCCGUAUUGUGAAAGACAUUUUUUUUAAAUUUAGAGCUGCGUUUGAACAUUAACAAAAACGCGUACAAUUUGGCCCUUAAUAAGACGUAAACCGUUGUAAAACAGUCAUUGACUGACCCUUUUUAGCGAAACAAAAGACCAUCAAGCAAAGUCCUUCAAAACCGCUAAACACUGAAACGUGCGCUACACACAUCAAGUCUUGGUCACCUGACAAACAAUUUGCAUCGACGGAUCGCUCUAUUAAUCUUUUAUCGGGACCAAAGCCUGCGUCCUUUAUGCAAUACGAGCCGGUGACAAUUAGGAAAAUGGUCCUGUGGUUAACACAAUAACUUUUGGAUGAAAUUAUCUUUUUAUCCAUUUUCAGCUGGUUGGCCAAGAACACAUCACUGAUGACGUUUUUCUCUCAACUAUCGCGACGUUGAGUUCAUUGUUCAAUAGUCUAGGUCGAAUAUUUUGGGGCUUCCUGGUGGAUCGGUUGUCUUUCAAGGUGAGUUCUUUCGCGUUUCAUUCGGUCCGUUUUUAGGCCGAGCGCAAUUUACCGUCCUUGCUUUCCAGUCCGCAGCGUUUGUUUCAUGUUCCCCGAAAUGGUGUCAACGCCUGCUUGACUCUACUAUAACUCUAACUCUUUCUAUUCAGAUCCCCAUAUGCACUAUGCUAUUUUUAUGGGCGGCAACGCUUUUCGCCUUUCCGAAUGUCUUCUAUUGGAAGGCGGCAACAAUAUAUCUCUACGGCAUCGCAGUCUGUCUUAUGUUCUUCUCGAUGAGUGGCGUAUUCGGCAUUAUGCCAGCGGCGACGCGGAUUCUCUUUGGCCACGAGAACAUGGCCACCAACUAUGGCAUGGUGUUUUCCGCUUUUGUAAGUUUUUGAUGCGGUUCAGUAAACUGUCAGUACAUUUUGGCUUUGUUGAUAUCCCGGGGGGACACGGCCACUAGAACCCGGAAAAUAAGAGCGGAUUUGAAACCUCCCUCGCCUUCUGCAUAAUUUUCCCUGUGAAUCAGAUCUCAAAAUCGGACAGGGCACACUUGAACUCCAGCCGCGACAAAACACCUUUCACAGGAAAGUACAACAGCGGAGGGAAGUCGCAUGCCUCAAGAUUUUAGAAGGGAGUCGAACGUCCUGUGGCUCAAACCAAUACCGCGUUUGCUGAGCCAGUCCUUUGUCUUGGAAAUGUUAUGAGUAUGCAGUCAAGUACAGAUUAAACGGUAAAACAAGGAACGAAAUCGCUGACUUACAUAAUCAUAAAGUUACUCCAGAAAAUUCGGAAAAGUGCCCAACCUCCAUCAUCUGGGCUUAAAAUCGUGCUUCUUGGCUAUCUAAACAUAUAAGGACGGGAUGAGUCAGUUGACCGCUAUUUUUUAUCGCGCAAAAUUCGUGUGUCGGCUACUUGCGAUGUAAAAGCGCAAAGAACUGUAACUGAAAAUGUUCUAUUAAUUACCCUGUGUUACCGAAAACUAUUCAUAUCCAUACGGGGGCUCCAUGGUGUUUUAAGGAUUUAGCUUGGUAAAAUAUCCAUUUAAACAGCUUUCCCUGCAUCUAAGGAGGGUAUUUGUACUACCGAUUAAGCAAGAAUUUCAAGUCCGUGUUAGUGCUUCCCUUACGAUCAUCUAGAAGUCAUCAAUAUGACUUUGACUGUGAAAGCCUCAAUGACAAAUUAACAGCCAAAACCACAGGCAAGUGUGACAAGCGUUGGCUAUGUGUUGAUUUGAAUAAUCCCUGCAGAACGUGCUUUGGUAACUCCCUGAUGGAACUUCUUGAAAACUGAAGUAAGUCUGAGCGGCCAGGUUCACCUCUCUUUGUUCUGUUCAGACGCAAUUCUCAACAGUUUCUCUGCAUCUGCGCAGUGCGGGAAUUUGAACCCCCGGAUCCACUGAAAUCAAAGCUUUCGCAUUUACUUCACGCAUCCGUCAAAAUGCCAGGCAGGUGGAUAUCUGGGCUUUCGUUUGGGGUCCAUUACAGAUAUUAACUGGAGCGAUUUUACAGUUAGAAGUUAUGCCAGCAUUCCAAUAGCACAUAAGUUGGUUUUUACUUUUUAUAUAUUUGAUGUUUCAGUCCGUAGGAAGCAUUCUAAGUGCGCUGGCCAGCCAGUAUGCGAAGGGCGCAUGGACACAACUCUUCUACGCUUCAGGCGGCGUUUGCAUUUUGGGUACGUCAUUCAACGAAGGCCAGUAUCGGCUAAAAUAGGGUAUUCAUCCAUAUAUAUAUUAUACAGUUCUGUCUGAUAGUAUUCAUAUGUUCAACGCACUUUAAUAUUUACUGACUGUUUAUAAUUCUCAUAUGUGUAUCAGAAGAUCGAGUUUAGAAGCUUGGUAAUUAGAUUAGGUGUCAUAAGUGUCUAUGACAUCCGCUGCUUACAGUCGCAUUCCAGGAUUCAGUGAUGUAACCACAGUCCAGCAUUUGUCUGAGUUACAUUGUUCUUUGGUCGACUGUCGCGCGAUCAUGGUAACAGCAGAAAACAUAUCUCACGUUCGGUGCUAAAUAUUUUCCUCGUAACUGGCUCUUAGACGACUCUUUGAACUACCCAACUGACCACACAGUUUGUUAUGCGCUUUCAGUGGACUGCGUUUUUGUUGUUAGUCUCAUGAACAAAAUCACUGCCUCGACGAAAAAAACGAACCUUGAUGUAGCAUUUCUGCUUCCUUUCAAUACGGACCGAUGUAGGCUGAUUGGUGGACGGAAAACGAUUUUGGCACAUUUUUGCAUUAUUCGCAAGUGUUCUGAAAAAGAGCAUUUAUGAGAAGGAAGUUGCAACAUUCCGGGAAUAGGUCGAAAAUCUUUCGGAAGUAUCAUUCAGCAAUUUGACUCGAUGACGGCGUAUUUAGUCCUGCAGUUCGGCCAAAUCAGCGAGCACGGUAGCUCAUGAUUUUGAACACUUUUGCUUAUAAUCAACAAAAUGUCACCUCAUGGCGUACUGGUACUGGCUGAUACUUGUCAAAUCUUAUAUUUUCACGCCCCAGAAUAAAGGUUUGAUUGGCCGGUAAAAGAAAAUAAGCUGGAAAUUCCAUCAAAAGCUUCAUCAACAAUACAAAGUAAUUUGUGAGAAACUCGACAGAUGACAACGCAGGAACUAUCCUACGUCGAAGGGUGCUUGAAUAUUACAUAACUUUCCCAGCCCACGUUGUGUGUUUGUUCUACCUGAAUGCAGACAAUUUAUGUGCACACGAUUGUGUUGUGUAACCUAACUGGCCUUUAAUUUGUUGGUGCUUGUGAAAGCUGUCGCUAGGCUUCUCUGAAUGCUUCCUCGGCGUCCGUGUGCUGUUUAGCAUGUAUUCAAUAUGCUGAGACGUAAUCGUUUACGAAGCUCUCCGAGUUGUUUUAGUUGGAGCUAAAUCCUCUCUCUUCUGGCGAGGUGCCAACUUAUUGAAAAUGGCGGGUUGAAAACUGCUUUCUGUGCCACUGGAGACAACUGUCCCCUACCCAAUACAACGUGCAUACUACCCAAAUAGAUUUUUCCCUCUUUACACAAUUAGAGAUUCCACUAUUCCUCUCUCGCAGGGUCCAACAGGUAAAAGAUAUGACUUCCGUAUAACAGGUGGCCUUAAGACACGGUUGCAGUGGGGAGGGGGAUGAACACGACCGUUUCUAACCAGAUACUGUAGCUUAUUCUGAAUAAACCACUCACAUAGUGCAAGCAGUAUGCUAUUCCUAAAGCCCGGGCUCAAAGUUAGGAGAGCUGAAGAAUAAAGGUGAACCGUCUUUGUUAUAAGCAUAUUCCGAAUUGUCUUCUUCCAAGCACGCCUUUUCAUAAGCUUCGAAGGGACAAUUCGGUGUGUGAAUUUCUUUUUUCCUAGUAGGAUUUCAGUGAAGUUGCUGGCUUUUCGGAGACCGCUAAGACGUAAGCUUCUCUGAAAGGCAGUUUUUCCCUUAGUCCUACCGGUGUUUACUAGACGCUGGCCUGGAAGUCACUGGGAGAGGGAAUUCCUCUACAUCGACUGACAGGACGUCAAAUCAAGUUUCAUUUCUGAUUUGAGGGUGCAAACCUGCCAAAAUCAGGCUAUUAGUGGUAAGAUGGAGGGUAUAAAAUCGUCUUGCCAUUAGCAUGAUAUUCCUCGUGACGCUUCAAACUUUCCCUGUUUACAUAACUUUUGCAGUGUUUCUCGGUCCAAGAGGGGGCUGGAAAUUUCCAGCUCAAAAAUAUUUUGCUGCUAGCAGCGAUACCAAGGUUUAUUGGCGUAGUUUGUCAGCUUCUACUGCCUUUUAAGCCAAAUGCCAUUACUUUUUGUUUCAAUUCAUAGCUUUCCUUGUGGUUAUCUGGAUUUUCGACCCUCAAAUGCCCCGUCGCUGCCGACCUUGUUGUUUCUGCGCCAGAACCGAUCACCGUCGUUAG